AGCCUCGGUGUGCAGAAAACCACAAUUUGGGCGCUUUUCCAAGUUGCUGGUUUUCCCCUGUCUCCUUAGGGCUGCCAGCUCCACCGGCUGUGCAGACAGACCCGUACCCCGCGCGCCACCCCCAGGGGCGGAAGUUUCCAGCAGGUCGUUUCCCUCGCAGCGCACUCCGAGGUCUGAGGAUUCUCCGCGCUUCUCCAUCAGGUGGAGCCGUGCGCUCCGCGCUGCCUCCUCCCUCCUAGCGAGCGAACCGCGCGCAGGCCACCUCGCAGCGCCAGGAGGUUAACCGAGCCCCCGGAGGAGGAGCCCUUCUGUCACUCGUCACUCGCUAGCUCGCUCGCUGUGGGAGGAGCCCGCCGGAGGGAGCCUUGUGCCUGGGAUGCCGAGAGCCAGAGAAUGGAUCUGCUCCGAGUGGGGACAUUACUGAGGAUCCCCGCUUCCCGAGGCGGCUAAAAGCAGACGGUUUGUCUCGGCUAGCUGCAGAGACCCGGAGGCACAAAGAGCCCGAAGCCACUCGGAGGGACGGAGCGACGGACAGGCAGAUGGUCGGCGCGAACCGGAGAGGACCAGCGGCGGAGGCUGAGCACCGAGAGCCACCAAGGAAGAGAAACUAACUGCACAUCAAGUUGCCCCGCCGGCUUACCCCCGCUGCGCUGAGGAAUGAAACCUUUCCAGCUAGACUUGCUCUUCCUCUGCUUCUUCCUUUUCAGUCAAGAGCUGGGCUUCCAGAAGAGAGGAUGCUGUCUGGUGCUGGGCUACAUGGCCAAGGACAAGUUUCGGAGAAUGAAUGAAGGCCAAGUCUACUCCUUCAGCCAGCAGCCCCAGGACCAAGUGGUGGUGUCAGGACAGCCGGUCACGCUGCUAUGUGCCAUCCCCGAAUAUGAUGGCUUCGUUCUGUGGAUCAAAGACGGCUUGGCCCUGGGUGUAGGCAGAGACCUCUCGAGUUACCCCCAGUACCUGGUGGUGGGGAACCACCUGUCAGGGGAGCACCACCUGAAGAUCCUGAGGGCAGAGCUGCAGGACGAUGCUGUGUAUGAGUGCCAGGCCAUCCAGGCCGCCAUCCGGUCCCGGCCUGCACGUCUUACUGUGCUAGUGCCACCCGAUGACCCUGUCAUCCUGGGGGGACCUGUGAUCAGCCUGCGGGCCGGGGACCCCCUCAACCUCACCUGCCAUGCGGAUAACGCCAAGCCUGCGGCCUCCAUCAUCUGGCUGCGGAAGGGAGAGGUCAUCAACGGGGCCACCUACUCCAAGACCCUGCUUCGUGAUGGUAAGAGAGAAAGCAUUGUCAGCACCCUGUUCAUCUCCCCUGGUGAUGUGGAAAAUGGACAAAGCAUCGUGUGCCGUGCCACCAACAAAGCCAUCCCUGGAGGGAAGGAGACCUCGGUCACCAUUGACAUCCAGCACCCCCCGCUUGUCAACCUGUCCGUGGAACCACAGCCGGUCCUGGAGGACAAUGUCGUCACAUUCCACUGCUCUGCGAAGGCCAACCCUGCUGUUACCCAGUACCGGUGGGCCAAGCGGGGCCACAUCAUCAAGGAGGCCUCUGGGGAGGUGUACAGGACCACCGUGGACUACACAUACUUCUCAGAUCCCGUGUCCUGCGAGGUCACCAACGCCCUGGGCAGCACCAACCUCAGCCGCACGGUGGAUGUCUACUUCGGUCCCCGGAUGACCAUGGAGCCCCAGUCUCUGCUCGUGGACCUGGGCUCCGACGCCGUCUUCAGCUGCGCCUGGAUUGGCAACCCCUCCCUGACCAUCGUGUGGAUGAAGCGAGGCUCAGGCGUGGUCCUGAGCAAUGAAAAGACCCUGACCCUCAAAUCUGUCCGCCAGGAGGAUGCUGGGAAGUAUGUGUGCCGAGCUGUGGUCCCCCGGGUGGGAGCUGGGGAGAGAGAGGUGACCCUGACUGUCAAUGGGCCUCCCAUCAUCUCCAGCACUCAGACCCAGCACGCCCUCCAUGGUGAAAAAGGCCAGAUCAAAUGCUUCAUCCGGAGCACACCACCUCCCGACCGCAUUGCCUGGUCCUGGAAGGAGAACGUGCUGGAGUCGGGGACAUCAGGGCGCUACACAGUGGAGACAGUCAGCACAGAGGAGGGCGUCAUCUCCACACUGACCAUCAGCAGCAUCGUGAGGGCUGACUUCCAGACCAUUUACAACUGCACAGCUUGGAAUAGCUUUGGUUCUGACACGGAGAUCAUCCGGCUCAAGGAGCAAGGUUCGGAAAUGAAGUCGGGAGCCGGGCUGGAAGCAGAGUCUGUGCCGAUGGCCGUCAUCAUCGGGGUGGCCGUGGGAGCUGGCGUGGCCUUCCUCGUCCUAAUGGCAACCAUUGUGGCCUUCUGCUGUGCCCGUUCCCAGAGAAGUACGGGAGGGACACCCGGGAUCUCAGGGAGGGGGACAGAGAAAAAGGCCAGGCUUAGACUGCCCCGGAGAGCAAAUCUCAAAGGUGUUGUGUCAGCCAAAAAUGAUAUCCGAGUGGAGAUUGUCCACAAGGAGCCCACCUCUGGCAGGGAAGCUGAAGAUCACUCCACGAUCAAGCAGCUGAUGAUGGACCGCGGGGAAUUCCAACAAGACUCAGUACUGAAGCAGCUGGAGGUCCUCAAAGAAGAGGAGAAGGAAUUUCAGAACCUCAAGGACCCUACCAAUGGCUACUACAGUGUCAACACCUUCAAAGAGCACCACUCAACUCCCACCAUCUCUCUGUCCAGCUGCCAGCCAGAUUUGCGUCCCACGGGCAAGCAGCGUGUGCCCACAGGCAUGUCCUUCACCAACAUCUACAGCACCCUAAGCGGCCAGGGCCGCCUCUACGACUACGGGCAGAGGUUCGUGUUGGGCAUGGGCAGCUCGUCCAUCGAGCUCUGUGAGCGGGAGUUCCAGAGGGGCUCCCUCAGCGACAGCAGUUCCUUCCUGGACACACAGUGUGAUAGCAGUGUCAGCAGCAGUGGCAAGCAGGAUGGCUAUGUGCAGUUCGACAAGGCCAGCAAGGCCUCCGCCUCCUCUUCCCACCACUCCCAGUCUUCUUCCCAGAACUCCGACCCCAGUCGACCUCUGCAGCGGAGGAUGCAGACUCACGUCUGAGGAUCAUGCACCUUGGGUGGGGACAGGUGGGGGAGGAGGGCAGGGCAUGGGCUGGGCCUCCGGGGCUAGGGAUACUUUGCAGAGGAUCCCAGAACCACCACCUCCAGGACGAGCUGGGAGCGUCUCUGCUACCACCUUCCUUUGAAGCUCUGAUCAAGCACAAAUCUUGAGUCCCCCAGCUGCAGCGAGCCAGAGGCAGGCGGGCAGGGAAACCGACAAAGGGUGCAGUUAAGUGCACUGUGCUUGGUGCUGGACAGCCUGUCGCCCACCUUUCCCUGGAUGCCCCUCUACCACCUGCUCCUCCCAUGGGCACUAGUGGCAGCUAUAACUUUGCUUUCAUGAACCUGCCAUCUACUCUCCGGUCUCCCCUGGGCUUUCCCCCUUGCAUCCCUAAGCCCUCCCCGAUGCCUGGUCUCCUAGAUAGUCUGGGAAGAAGGGGGAGUUCUUCAAAGGCCUGGGUGCUCUGAGAUCCCAGCUCCUCCUACUGGUUACGGCCCAGGCUUUAGGGACUGAGAAGCCAGGAACUGCCCAGCCAAAGGAGCACGAUGCCCAGGAACCCACCCCCAAUUUGUUUGGUGUUUUGUGACCAUACUCUUGCCAUUCUGUCCUUGGACUUGAUGCCUCUGAACUUGGAAGUGGGACUGGCCCAGAGCCUGCAGGGAGUGGGGAGGGAGGGAAAGAGGGAGAGUGUGAAUGCUGGGGAGCCCCUCACCCAACACUCCCCCGCAGGCCUGGCCUCCCCUGCCCUGCUUUGUGUCCUAUCCACCUCCCCGCAGCACAAUUGGAGUUAAUAUAAGGAGUGUGAGUCUCCCUGGUCAGGAUUCUUUGAAUAGUCACUGGAGUGUUUCCUGAUGGGUGUGGUUUGAAGGGCUAGAGUCCAGGCCUUUCUGAGACUUGCUUUCUUGGCUGGUGAGCACAAGGAACAGUGAUCCUGUCUCCAGAAAGACUCUGGGGGCAAAAGGGACAGUUCAUCUGCACCCCCAGCCCCCACCACCUGAGAAUAAAUGUUAGGCCCAUUACCCCAACAAGUCCACUCUGUUCUUUUGUUCCUGCAGAAGCACAGGAAGAACUCAAAUGCUCCGAGUAUGCUUUGGGAACCCAAGGUGCUUUGCCCCUCUUUGGUCCAGUGUCCCCAGCCAAGGAAGACCACUGACAGGUCUGCCUAUGGUCGUAACCACCCUAUAGGCAGGCUGUCUUCCUUUGUGCUCGUGCCUCACCCCAAGGACUUGCAAAAACACCAACCCCAACUCCUGCACACACAGUCACGGCAACAUGGUCAUGCUGGACAUUGGCCAGGGCAUUCUAGCCUUCACAGUCAACGAUAUUCUGCAGAGGAAAGUCCCUCCACUUCGGGGUUCCGGGAGGGAAGAGGCUCCUUAGAAAGACUGUAGCCCAUCAGUCAUGAGACUCAAAUGAUGUUCUAGGAAUGGCCUUGCUGGGGUGGGAAGCUUGGUGUAGUCAUGGAAGAUGGGACAGGUAAACAAAGGCCAGUUAAGAACGAUAAAGAAUGCAUUCCUAAAGUUGGAGGUUCCCAGUUGGCUGUGAACCCUCCCCUGAUAGUGUGUACUCACCAUGGCAGCUUCAGUGAAAAUGUCUCUUUCUUUUCAUACAUCAAUUCCUUGGAUGUCCUAAAUGCACCAAUCUGCACCUUU